UUUCAUUUGCAUGGUGGUCCUCUUCAACAUCCGAGUCAUACAACUCCUCUUCAUCAAAUAUUAUGUCGACAGUGUCAGCGUCAACAGCAUAGUCAUGCAUGUCCUCCAUCAUGCCUGCUAUGUACACAAGAUUUAAAUGAUCAUUAGAUGGAAAGUUUAAAUCAAAUAGAUGUGGGCCAUCAAAGUAGAGACAUGCAGCCUGUUGACGCUCCUCCUUUACUCCAAUUGCUGCAAUGAGAUGCAAUCAAGAGAAAAAAAUCACCUUUAUGAUGUUCUUGUUCUCCCUCAGAAGCAGCAACAUUGAGAUCAAUGACAUGCAAACCAAGUCGUUCAUUGUGAUGAAGAUGAAGGGGCUGACUUUGGAGAUGGGCUUCAUCUUCAUAAAGGUGAUCUUCCUGGAGAUGAGCGAUUUCAUCUUCGUGCUCGUACAUUGGAUUUUUAUUGAGAUCAGACUGUUCAUUGAGAUCAGGUUGAUGAGUGGAUGCUCUCGUGUCAUGCAGUUAUAUGAGGGAAGGAGGGGUGUGGCACAGGCGGGAAAUGCCCAGGCGCGCUGGUUGAAAUUUCGAUUUUUGAGUGAUUGAUUAUGAGCCACAAAUGUAGUGACAGCUGUACCUCUAGACUGCUCUCCCGAAACUUGGCAACGUUUUCUGUAAGGAUACCUGUACCUCUAGAUUGUUCUUCCAGAACUUAUCAACGUUACACGUGUAUUACCUCAUUGGUUACAUUUGCUGCUGUUUGGAUCAAGACAAACAUAUCAAAUCACUUUAUAGGGGUAUUUUGGUAAUUUCUCGGUGUGCAUUGGUAGUUGUGCCCCGUCCUUGGAUUGCAUUUUUUGCUAGGACGGAGGGAGUAUCCCGAAGUCCCGAACCCAAAUGAACGAUUAAAGGGGAUUUAGGGUCUGUACUUUAUAGCUCCAGUUCUUGUGCAGAGUGCAGCCACUGAUCUGAGGUGCAAAAACACAGUUCUUGCGAAGUUCUUUGAUGUGAUUUGAGUCCAAAGUUCAUGGUUUGAUGUUGAGAUUUCUCUGUAGGCAACGGGAAGCAGAGGCGGGAGAGGAGGAUGCCUCCGGCGCGGCGGUCCCGCGACUCUCUCCGCGGCCGCCGCCCCGCUUCCUGGGCCGCGGCGGCGGACCCGAGCGGCAGCAGGGGCUGGCUUUCAACCCUCCUGGGUGCCCGCGCCAAGCGGCCGCGCCCGGCCGAUGACGACGGCACGCCGCUCACCGACGAGCUUCUCCUCCUCGCCUUCGCCGGCGUCCCCAACCUCGCCGACCUCGUCCGCGUCGCCGCCACCUGCCGCCGCUGGCGCCGCCUGGUGUCCACCGAAGCCGCGUUCCUCCGCUACUCACCCCGGCGGCCGCCCGGCAGGUUCAUCGCCCCCCUCGCCCUCGGCUUCUUGCACCGCCAGGACGACGCCGCGCCGCGCUUCGUCGCCAUGGCUUCCGCGUCGCGCCGCUUCCGGCCUCCUCCGGCAGCCGCCGGGUUCACUGACACUGAGUACGCUCGUCGACGGCGCGCUGUUCGAUGGCUGCUCGGAGAUCGUUGCCUCCAGGAACGGCCUUCUCGUCGUCGACCUCCGGCGCGGGAAGCACGACAGGGCACUCAAGCUCUGCGUCUGCAACCCCUUGGCCGGUGAAGUGCACGUCCUGCCAUCCCUCGGGGCCAAAGAAAGCCCCGGGCACUAUGCAUGCACGGUGCUCACCGCAGACGACAGCGACGAGAACCCACCGCGUUCCUCCUCUUACCUCCGCCUGGUCAUGGUGUACGCCCGGCGUGGCCUCACCGCGUUCCGGAGCUACUCGUCGGAGGAAGGCAGCUGGAGCGAAGAGGCAAAGGUGAGCAGCGCCAGGCUCGGCCAGAAGCACAUGGGCUUGACUCAUGGUGGCAUCGUGCACCAUGGUGGCAGGCUGGUGUACUGGCUGGGGCUGGCCAAGAACACAGUGUUCGUGCUGUCCCUCGAGAAGCUGCAGUCGGUGGUGGUAAGCGUGCCCCGGUCCGGACAAGGCCAGAAAUUCGACAUGGAGAACACAUUGUUGGGCUUGUCACCGGAGGGGAGGCUCUGUGCCGUCCAGUUCGGCCAUCUGUUCCUUACAGCAGCCAAUCGGAGGGUCUCCGUGCGCGUGACCACCCGAACUGACCAUGGGUGGGAUAAGGAGGAUUUUUUUUUUGACACCUCUCAUCUGGGUACAGCUGUAGUAUCUGUUCAUAGGGAUAAGGAGGAAUUGAUUCAGAUAGAACAAUCCUUGCCUGCAGAUGUGAUCAGUGUCAGGCUGCGGUGGUUCGGCGAGAAGAGCGGGGUCGUGUUCUUCUCUGCCGUUGCUGGGGACAGCGACCACCGAAGGAGCGAGAUGUAUGCUCUGAGCCUCAGCACGCGUGUGGUCGGUGAUCCGUGGGGGCACGUUCAUGGGUACGAAAUGGAUCAGGCGGCAUACCUAGCAUCCCUUGCUGAGCGAGAGGGCAUGGAGGAUAUGUGAUGGUAUCUGCCAUGGGUAUGAAUCUCUUGCUUAUCUGCAAAAUCUGCCAAUCCUCACCAGGUUUCUGUGUAAUAUUGAUUUGGUGCCUGAUUCUUCUCUACUUAGUGUUUAAGUUAGCGGUGAGGAGUCAUGUUUCUUGCAGUGGCGAAAUUGUUGGUCCUUUUGAUUCUCUGAACUAUGCUUGUAAGCUGGCCACCCUUUAAGGCUUAUAAGAGCUAUUAUGACCCCUUUGGUGUU